UGCUCAAUGCGACAAUUAUUUCCUAUUUCUCAGACAUUUGUCAAAGUAUGGGGACCUAUUUGCAUUUCWCCAUUUCCAUUCUACUGACUUUUAUCCAUCAAGCAGAGUCCAGCUCUGUGUUUGUGCUGAAGGGACAGGACGUUCGUCUGGAUGUCCAGGAAAAUGUUCAACUGAAAGAUUUUGAGCAUUUUAAGUGGACCUUCGGAUCAGCUAAUAUUGUAAGAUGCACUGACACAUUGUCAGUGAGAGUGUCUCCUGAGUACAACAACAGMGUUGAGUUUUAUAAGGGAAACUUCUCUCUGCUACUGAAGAACCUACAGGAAGGAGACAGUGGACCUUAUACUGCAGUAGUGAGUGGUGACAAAGAAAAAACUAUUAUUGCAUACCAGUUAAUUUUCCAAGAGAGAGUUGAGCCUCCAGUCCUGACAGUGGACUCUAACUCCUCCAUCAAUGGCACCUGUAAUGUGACUGUGACCUGCAGAGGUCAGAACAGCUCUGUCACCUCCCGCUGUAACAGCCGCACCUGCUCUCAGGUGGGAGGAGAGAGUAGAGGGGCUGAGACCUCCACUGUCCCCCUGCUCUCUGUCUAUUUGGCAGGUGGUUCCAUCAUCUGUAACCACAGCAACCAAGUCAGCUGGGCCAGUGAGUCCAAGGAGAUAGUGGAACUCUGUCCAAUGAAAUCUUACAAAGGCGAGAAGGCGAACUACAACUAUGCUCUCACAGUCGGGACACCUGUCUGCGUAGUUGGAUUCAUUGCCCUGAUUGGUUUUGUUGUUUGUCGAAAGCAAAACAAACGUUGCAAAAGGGAAAUCAGAAACACAGAUUAUCCUACAGUUGGGACUCCAGAGAACGGCCAAGCAGGUGGUGAAGAGCAGGUGUCUCCAGGUCCAGGCCCAACAUCACCCACCAUCUACAGUAUGGUGGGACUACCCCAACUCCAGCCUGUGAACAACCAGCCUGUGGACCUCCCCAUGACUACCAAGUCCCCCGUGACCUCCAUGCCCGAGAGUUUAUAUGCUAUGGUGGGGAAAAAAACUAGCAAACAAUAAUAAGGAAUUUGAACAUCAUCUUAGGCCGGGAUUCUAUUCAAUUCUUUAAAAGGCAAUGUUCCCAUGUUCGAGUAGACCUAAUAAAAUAAAAUAAGAAUGGUCACAUGCUUUGAAAACAAAAGGUUUAGACUAACAGUGAAAUGCUUACUUACGGGCCCUUCCCAACAAUGCAGAGAUAAAGAAAAUAGAGAUCUAACAGAAAAGUAAUAAAACUAUUAAUUAAUAAAUAAUAAAACACCAUGAGUAAAGAUAACUAUAUACCUGGGGUACCCAGUCAAUGUGCAGGUGUACAAGGUAAUUGAGGUAGACAUGUACAUAUAACUAGGAAUGAAGUGACAGACAAUAAACAGUAGCAGCGUGUUUGAGUCAAAAAAAGUGUGUGCAAAAAAGGGUCAAUGUAAAUAGUCAUGGUAGCUAUUUGGUGACUGUUUGACUAACUAUUUAGCAGUCUUAUGACUUAGGGUAGAAGCUGUUCAUGGUCCUGUUGGUUCCAGAC